AGAAGAGAAGGGCUCAGACUAGCAUAGCAUAAUACUCCUCGCUUCAGCAGAGCGACAAUUCUUGUUUGGUUGAGAACAACACCAAAAUGUUGAAAGAGUUGGUAAGGGAGCGAUUGAUUGCGGCCGCCGAUGACAUCUACGUGCUUUUUGAAACAACCAUGGCGUCGUACAAAGAGCAACUUUGUCGAGCGAGGGAGGAGACAGAGCGUCAUCGACGGCAACUGGAAGCUGUUUGCAAGGCACAAAUUGUCGUACGUGUCGAAGACGUUGAGCAGCUGCUUGGUCGUCAGGAUGAACUUUCCGACGUAAAGUGGAGGAGCUCUAGUUUGGAGCACGAGUAUCCCCAGUUCCCUCACAUUAAAGAGGAGGAGGAGGAGGCCGGUAUCAGCGGGGCAACCUCCGCGGAGAGUGACAACGAGGGAGUUGAACCACCUGAAUGGUCGCAGCAAGAGGAGGAGGAGGAGGCCGGUAUCAGCAGGGCAACCUCCGCGGAGAGUGACAACGAGGGAGUUGAUCCACCUGAAUGGUCGCAGCUUCAUCAUGGCAGUCUGCGUGGAAGACCACUACCAGACAAUCUCUUAACUCUACUGUCAGAUGGUCACCCCCUGGAGGAACCUUUGGGGAGCGGGACAAAUUGCGAAGACCUGCAGCAGCUGAUUGGCGAUCAGGAGGAACUUCCCUCUCAGCCGCUGUGGGGGCUGUCCGGUUUGGAGCUGGAGCAUCUACAACACCCCCACUUUGAAGAGGAGGCUGACGUCUGUAAGUUGCCACUGACCGGCGUCGCUGUGAAAAGUGAAGACGAAGCACCCGAGUGGUCGCAACUUCAUGGUCGCAGUCCAGGCGAAGACCGCCGUGGCGGAUUGCCGCAAGGCAAUCUCUUAGCGCCAAUGUCAGACAGCGACGAUAACGGAGAAGCUUUGAGAAGCGACACUGACUGCGAAAGCGACGACAAAGGAUCGCAAGGCCCUGACAAGAAAGGUUCUCGGAAACGCAAGAAGCGUCCCACGCUUAAAGAGCAUUUCAGCUGCUCGGUUUGCGGUAAACGUUUUACUUGUAAGUCACAUUGGAUGAGACACACGAAAACCCAUACAGGAGAAAAAUCCUUUUGUUGCUCGGUUUGUGGAAAGACAUUUUCUCGAAAGGAACAUGUGGAAUUACACAUGCGAACGCACACGGGAGAAAAACCCUUCCGAUGCUCAAUUUGCAGCGCAACAUUUUCUGUCAAACAAAGUAUGAAAAAACACAUGCGAAGGCACACGGGAGAAAAACCCUUUAGUUGCUCCUUUUGCAGAGCGACCUUUUCCCGGAAAGAAAGUCUGGAUAAACACAUGAGAGUUCACACGGGAGAAAAACCCUUUAGUUGCUCAGUUUGUGGCGGAAGCUUUGCUCAAAGGUCCAAUAUGACCAGACAUAUGCAGAUACACAAAAAAGCUGAAUAAAUCUUUGACAGGAGUCCCCACAAAAGCACAAUAUUCAAAGCAGACCAGCUUUUGUUUUUAUUGAAUUUUAUGAACUUUUUACGCGGCCUGUGAAAGAUUGAUCCAAUUUGUCCUUGUAUUCUAUUUGCUCGCGCCUUGUCCACACGUCUAAUAGUUGCUUUGUAUUUUUAAACAAUCUUACAUUAUUAGUCAUGUUUUCAUCUGGUAGCUUAGCAUGUAGCUUGUUGAAAGUCCUCGAGCACAGGUGUUAAACUAAAAGCAAAUCGUGUCUGUCAACUUUCACAACACUCGCUAAAAUCUGUACCAAAAGGUUUAUCAUGUAAUAACGUUGAGAUUUUUUUUUUGUGCACAUUAGGUCUAUUGCAAAUCCUGAAGGGCCACAAAUAUAUUAAUAAAUCAAAUGUUGAUUUCUCACGGAUGGGCAAGCCAAAUGCAAUAAUACUGUCAUAUUCCAAACAAAAUGUCAAAGCAAUGUUAAUGUUCGAAACAAAAUGCUGACCGAAGAAAAUGUCAUUUCCAUGUUGACAAAAAACAAUAAAAAGGUUUGAUUGAUAAAAGA